AUGAGCUCCGCCGUGGGGAACUUGGCGCUGCGAUCUUCAGGCUUCACCGUCGCUGAUCGUAUCUUACUCCUCCUCCGCACCGCCGCCGCCGGGAAUCCACGGCGGCUCCGAGAAAUUCAGGCUCAGAUUGUCGUUAACCCUCCCCUCCGCGCCGACGAUGCCCUCAUCCAAUUCGUCUCUUCCUGCGCCCGCCAUCUCGGCUCCCACCACGCCGCCCUGUUCCUGCGCCAUCUCCCCAUCAGCUUGGAUGUUUCUCUGUGGAAUCUGGGCAUCCGGUCGUCGACGGAGUCCGACUCCGGGACGCAGUUCAUGGUCAUCUACAAGGCGAUGCUCGGAGACGACGGCGUCCCUCUGGUGAAGUCAACGCUCUCUCUGGUUCUGCGUGGUCUUACCCAUUCCUCGGCGGACAAGCUAGGGGAAUCCAUUCACUGUCAGAUUCUGAAGCUGGGCUACGGCUCCGACAUGUUCCUCGGCACGGGCCUGCUGGAUUUCUACGCGAAAAUUGGGCGCCUGCCAUCCGCCAAGCAGAUGUUCGACGAAAUGCCGGACAGAGAUGUCGUCACGAACAACUCGAUGAUCGCGACUCUCAGUAAUCACGGGUUCGUCGAUGAGGCCCGACGACUGUUUGACGAAAUGCCGGUCAAGAGCUCAGCCACAUGGAACUCGAUGAUCACCGGCUAUUGCAAGAGCAACCGAGUCGGCGCCGCCCGAGCUCUGUUUGAUCGGAAUCCCAUGAAGGACGUCAUCUCCUGGAACGCCAUGAUCGACGGCUACUGUAAGGUGGGCCAGUUGGAGCCGGCAGCGCAGCUGUUCGACGAGAUGGGCUUCGGCAAGAACUCGGUGACCUGGAACACAAUGAUCACCGGCUACGUCCACCACCGUCAGUUCUCCGCCGCCGUUUUGCUUUUCCGGCAGAUGCAGACGGCGGGAGUCUGGCCGACGGGGGUCACCAUGGUCUGCUUGCUGUCGGCGUGCGCUCAUAUCGGCGCCCUCGACAUGGGCAAGUGGAUCCAUUGCUACGUCCAGAACCAGGGCCUCACCAUCGACGUCGUCCUGGGGAACGCCCUCAUUGACAUGUACUGCAAAUGUGGGGCCAUAGACGUCGCACUGCAGGUCUUCCGUCAGAUGCCCGUGAAGAACAUCUUCUGCUGGAACUCCAUCAUCACCGGCCUCGGCAUGCACGGGCACGGCGAGCUCGCCGUCGAGGCCUUUCUGGAGAUGCACCGACGGGCGGGGUUUAGACCCGACGGAGUCACCUUUGUCGGGCUCCUCUCUGGGCUCAGCCACUCCGGCAUGGUCUCCGAGGGGCGGAGAUUCUUCUCGCAGAUGGCGGAGGUCUACGGCGUGGAACCGGAGAUCGAGCACUACGGCUGCAUGGUGGACCUGCUCGGCCGCGCAGGGCACCUCCAUGAGGCUCUGAAACUCAUCGGCACGAUGCCCAUCGAGCCGAACGCCGUCGUCUGGGGGAGCCUGCUCCGCGCCUGCAGGAUCCACAGGAACGCCGCCAUGAGCGAGCAGGUCGCGCGGCGGCUGGUGGCGCUGGACCCCGGCGACGGUGGCAACUACGUACUCCUCUCCAACAUCUACGCCUCCGCCCGCCGGUGGGAGGACGUGCUCGGCUGCCGGAGGGCAAUGGCUGAGAAGGGCGUCCGCAAGCUCCCAGGAUCCAGCAUCGUCGAGGUGAACAACGCCGUCCACGAGUUCGUCGUCGGCGACGCCUCCCACCCGGAGUACCCUCUUAUCGCCGCCUUCCUAGAGGAACUCGCCGGCGAUCUGAGGGCUCUCGGGUACUCGCCGGACGUGGAGGCAGUGCUGCACGAUGUCGAGGAGGAGGAGAAGGAGGGCGCCGUGAGGUUCCAUAGCGAGAAGGUGGCCGUCGCCUUCGCGAUCUUGAAGACCGCCGCCGGCGCGCAGGUCCGCGUGGUGAAGAACCUCCGGGUCUGCGGCGACUGCCAUGAGUUCUUCAAGCUCGCCGCGGUGCUGCUCGGAAGGGAGAUCCUCCUCCGGGACCGGAGCCGCUUCCACCGCUUCGCCGGCGGCGCCUGCUCCUGCAAGGAUUUCUGGUGA